UGGAAUAGGGUCUCCUGUUGGAGCAAGGGGCUGGACUAGAAGACCUCCAAGGUCCCUUCCAGCUCUCUUCUGAAUCUGAUUCCGAACGGGCUGAACUCGCUUGGCGGUGUUCGGCCGUCGCAGCCUCCCUGCCGGUCCCCUUCCCGGAGCUCUCGGCGCUGCGGCCGUGCGAGACCCCCUUCAAUUCCCCCCGCUGCAUCUCCGUCCGUUGAAACAGGCGGCGCGGGGAGGCGCUGCAACGGGAAAAAAGGGGUGGGGGUCGUUUUCAGUGUCCUCCCCCCUCCUGCCUCGCUCCUCCGACUGGGAGAAGCGGGUUUGCUUCGCUAAGCGAGACAGCCGCCGCAGGUUGGGCCGCCUGCGAUUCAGGCAACGCUUCUAACCCGGAGAUGGAAUGGCCCCAAAGGAUCCAGACAGCUGCAAGGAAAGAAAACAUACCCCCGGCUUUAAGUUGCUGUGUGGCCCCAAAAGAGCCGAGAAAUAUCCAGAAAAACGUCAACGUUGAUCUCUUCCUGUCCUCGGGAAGCCAUCUUGGAGAACUCUGGGCCCGGUCCGGUGCCAGCAUCCGUGGCUCAAAUCAUCUUGGAGAAAACAUUCAAAAAGGUUUACGGGUCACAUAUGGAAGGAGAGAGACCCCCGGCCCGUGUCAGACCAAUCUCUCUUGCCCUCCCUGGGGUCUCCCCAAAGCCUCCUUGGUCCGUCAGCAAAACAACCUUGAGUCCAGCCUACACAGGAGAAGAUGGGAAGGUGGGAACUUAAAGGAGACCCCUCCGAGGGCCUUCCCGGAGAGACCCCGUGACGUUCCCAGGAAUCCAUCCCAAAUAAAACAUAGAGAAGGAUAUUUGCUGAAACGGCCACACGAGCUUUUUGCUGGGUCAAGAAGAAGCCAUGAGGACCUCAAGGCCCGUGGAGAGUCCUCCUCACCCAUCCGGUUUUCAGGGCAUCCAUCUCUUCGUUCCUCACCAGAGCGUUGUCCUCUUUCGAUGACCUUCAGUGGGAUUGGUGACUCCUCACCGCCAGGACCGCCCCUGACUUUGGACAGUCUGAAGUCUUCUGCUUUGGUUGAUGGUCAUUCUUCUCCUGAGGGAGCUCAGGCCCCCCUAAGGUCUUCUCAAAGCUCUGCUGAUCAGUGCCGGUCCCUCCGUGGGCUUAAGAAGGAAAGGUCUUCCUUCUCUUGUGAAUCCCGGCUACCUUCCUGGCUUCCUCAACCAGCAGGCGGGCCACAGAUCUCCACCUUGGCUGUGAGAAAGAUCCAGGCUUCGGUGGAAGUGAGAAGUAAAUGGCGGACUAUGCUUAGUGCCACCUUGUUGACCUGUCAGGGAGACUGCUCCAGGAGCAGCUCAGGAACACCACAGGGUACAAACAAAAAGGCCAGCUUGAAUGAGUUGAGGGACCAGGGUGACCUGAGGACCCUUGACCCAGAAGGACGUCAUUCUGGAACCUUCUGUGGCUCUGAGUUGUAUCUCAAGAACCUUCCCCUGGAUGUCUUCUCCCUCAGGAGUUUGGAGAGUUCCCUCAAGACCUUGCGUGCAGAGUCUUCUCCAAACCGAAGGUUGUCCAUGGAGGACACCCGCGGAGAGAAGCCACCAACUCUUGAUCCUUCUGGAGCCCCAGAGAUCCUGUUAGGUCACCUCUUUGGGAAGAACGUUGGAGAUCUUCCCACGCACGAAGCUGGAGAUAAGUAUGGAGAAGCUGGCGAAGACCCCAUCACCCCCUCCUCCGUUGAGGAGGCCGGUCUGUUGUCAACCCAUCAGAAGGUCCACCUCUUUGAGGAAACCAUCUGGAAGGGUCCCAGAAAAGGUUUCCAGCCUGUCUGGCCACCGCACCUUCGGAAAGAUGGGGGUCUCCUCCGAGAAUAUUUUGUCCUUCUGGAAAAUAAGAAAUUGGGUGGUGCUUUCAACAGAUGGCGUUCCCACUGCGGGAAAAAGCAGCAGGUUCGUCUGCUGGCGUUUCGAAUCCAGAGUGGGCUGAUCAGGCGAUGCUUCAAAGCCUGGCAGAGUUUGGCCCAGUGGAAACGGGACAGCAAGGCAGCCGUGGAGCAUCUGUGGGCCCAAUCCUUGAGGGUGUCUUUCCGGCAGUGGUGCCUAACGGUGCAAGCCAGGAGAAGCGCCAAGCGGGCGGUGAUUGAGCUGCUGUGGGCCAAGGGGCCAGGCUCCGGCGGGCCCCGGGGGGACCCCGACAGAAGGAAGUGGCCCCCAAAGUAUGCGGAAAACGCCUUAGACUCUCUUUUCCACUUGAGGAUGUUGCAGGAAGCAUUUCUGACUUGGAAGGCGAGAUGCCAGGAAGCGCGCUGGGCUGGGGCUUUCUAUCGAGAUUCGACUCUGCGGCAGCUACGGGAGGCUCUUGCACGAUGGCGCCGGAGGACCCGGGUUCUGAGUCCUCUUGGGCUCACUGAGGGCUCUCUCCUUGUGUCGGCGGAUUUACAAGAAUCUCCCUCCUCUGCCUUGCCCAGCGCCAGUCAGGUGGUUCAACUGGGAGAGCCCAGCCUCAUCGUCCUGUCCUCCUUGGGGACUGUCGGAGAGCCCAGCGGCCUUCCUGCUCCCGCCUCUCGCUGCCCAAGAUGCAGUUUUGACUGUGAAAAUCCUCCCCAUAUCGCGGAUCAGGAUUCUUCUCUUCGGCUUAAUUGGCAGGCAGCGAGCAAAUAUGGAAGGCUGUGGAAACACAAAGUCCAGCUGCAUCACUUCUGGGCUAGGCGGGACGCCCGUCAACUGGCGAAGGCCUGGCUGCGUUGGAAAGACGCCUGCCGUACCGAGCUGGUGGUGCAAACGUUGGUAUGGCAGAGACGGGCUCAGUGGGGCUGGAAAAUAUGGAGACGGUGCUGGUUACAGCUUCAGGUGGCCCAGCGUUUCCGCGAAGCCGAAGAGGAACAAUUGCUCAAAAUAGCUUUCGGGAAGUGGCGUCGUCUGGCGGCCGUCUCUCGUGUCCGGAUUGAAUGAACAUCUGGCUGGAUCUUUUUUGUAACCGGCUGCAGGAUGGACAGACUGCAGGACGGUGGCACAAGGGACACACACAGCAACCUCACAAAGAACCGGGCUUUGCACUACAAACUUAUAUUUGCACAUUUUGGACUGGCGAGGGGGGGGGAAGACGGUGUAAAAAUUGAGCCACGCCGAGGAUCAACCAAGCUGGUUUAUUCUGAGACAAUCAUUAAAAUUCAAGUUCCUCCUUU